ACCAAGCCGCACCUACCCGUCUGGACAUGGUUUACGGAAUCUACAUCCUCUGCGCUUUCGUCGGGGUGACUUGGUCGUUUCCCUGGCUAGCGAGAGAGGAAAGCACGCUCCAUGGAGUUGUGGUGCUGUUCAGACACGGCGACCGGUCCCCUUUAAGCUCCUGGCCAAACGAUCCUUACUUUGGUAAUUCUGCUUUAUGGCCCGACGGUUAUGGAAUGCUCAACAACAGAGGAAAACUUCGUCAAUAUGAGCUCGGCCGAUGGCUACGUAGACGCUAUCAGAAUUUCCUCCCAAUUAGAUAUAACAGGAGCGAUAUCUACGUCAGAUCAACCGACGUGGACAGGACUUUGAUGUCAGCCGCUUCGAACCUGGCCGGGCUCUACCCACCACUCGACGAUCAAGUGUGGAACCCUUUUAUUCCAUGGCAACCGAUUCCUAUCCAUACCGUCGACUAUUCCACCGAUUACCUUUUGGCAUACAACGUCGCUUGUCCAAAAUACAUAAGACUCCUUGCGGAACUCGGUACCAACGAAGUUUUGACGAAAUUCGCCAGAGACAACCAAGAGGUGCUCAAUGCUCUAACCGAGGCGACGGGCUCGACAAGCCUACAAGUCUAUGACGCGGCGGGUAUACUGUCAGCGUUGACGAUCUACAGAGACGAAGGUUUACCUUUGCCUACUUGGGCAGGGAAAUACUGGCACCAGAUCGUAGCCAUGUCUGCAGUGACGUUCCAAUUACCGACAUUCACUCCUGAACUGGCGAGACUAGAAACCGGACCGUUCUUCGAUUAUCUAUUCGACCAUCUGUACUCUUUAAAAUCCCAAGCGUUGAACGGCGAACGGGACGAUGAUCAUCCCAAAUUCCUGAUGCUCAGCGCUCACGAUCUGACCGUGGCUUCUGUGACCAACUCGAUGGGGGUAUAUAAUGACGCCGCACCUGACUUUGCGUCUACAGUGAUCUGGGAGUUGAGGAGUUUGAACCAAGAAUUUUUUAUCAAUGUGUUGUUUAAGAACAGAACUGCGGUAGCGGAAGAACUGAAGGUUCCCGGGUGCGACUUCAACUGCAACUUAGACGAUUUUAGGAAGAUUAUGGACGGGGGAACGGUAGACGUGGAUACCUGGAAUGCGGAGUGUGCUCAGUAAUGCCGCUGA